ACGUAGCGCGAGAUCUGCAGCUAAACAAAGAUGGUGUCCUUCUGAUGGUCCAUGUGGCUCCGAACAUCAAUCCCUCACUGACAUUAAAGAAACGGAUUGAAUUGGACCGGAACCAGCCCGCUGAGUGCCUGAGAGGAACCGACAGGAAGUCAGGAUGCAGCACGACGACGUCAUCUGGGACAUCAUCGGAAACAAGCAGUUCUGCUCCUUCAAAGUCAAAACAAAGGGCCAGAACUUCUGUCGGAACGAGUUCAACCUGACGGGGCAGUGCAACCGCUCGGCCUGCCCGCUGGCCAACAGCCAGUACGCCACCAUCAGGGAGGAGAAAGGUCAGUGUUUCCUCUACAUGAAGGUGAUCGAGAGAGCGGCGUUUCCUGCCAGGAUGUGGGAGAAGGUGAAGCUGAGUAAGAACUAUGAGAAAGCUCUGGAGCAGAUCGACCAGAACCUCAUCUACUGGCCUCGCUUCAUCCGACACAAAUGCAAGCAGAGGUUCACCAAAAUCACCCAGUACCUGAUCCGAAUGCGCAAACUGGUCCUGAAGAGACAGAGGAAGCUGGUUCCUCUGAGCAGGAAGGUGGAGAGCAGAGAGAAGAGGAAGGAGGAGAAAGCUCUGAUCGCCGCGCAGCUGGACAACGCCAUCGAGAAGGAGCUGCUGGAGAGGCUGAAGCAGGGAACGUACGGAGACAUCUACAACUUCCCGGUGUACGCCUUCGACAGAGCGCUGGAGCAGCAGGAGGCCGAGAGCGAGUCGGACUCUGAGGAAGAGGAGGAGGAGGAAGAGGACGAUGAGGACGUCGGGCAGAGGGAGUUUGUGGCAGAAGAUGAGGUGGAGGAGAGCGACCUGAGCGACUUCGAGGAUAUGAACAAGCUGAAGACGAGCAGCGAUGAAGAGGAGGAGGAGGGGUCGAGUGAGGAAGAGGAGGAGAUGGAGGUCCAGGCGAAGGCCUCCAGGUCUAAAGGCAAAUCUCCGGCCAACGGGUCGGCGGUGCGGAAGAAGCGGGCCUACGUGGAGAUCGAGUACGAACAGGAGACAGAACCCGCCUCCAAGAGCAGAACCACGUAGAGACGCCCGAGGCGGCGCGCCAGGACUGCUUAACACCCCCCACCCCCUUCCGUUGCCAUGGCAACGCUCUGACUAAGGUUGCUGCUGUCCGAGUUCUCUGAACCAGAGCGGAGCCCAGUUUAACCACCAGCCCUGGAUCGGACCGACCCAGAGGGACUCUAACCGAGCUCCGUUCAUCAGAACCCAAACCAGAACCUUUUAUUUACUCCAGAAACAGUUCUGAUUAAAAUCUGCAAAGAUUCAAUAAACUUUAAAAUCGGUUAAACGUUAAUAAACCAUUUGGGUCCAGAACCGUGUUCGUCCUCCUGGCUUCAUGGAGGAUUAAAUAAA